GAGGAGAAGGAGGAGAAGGAGAAGGAGAAGGAGAAGGAGAAGGAGAAGGAGAAGGAGAAGGAGAAGGAGAAGGAGAAGGAGAAGGAGAAGGAGAAGGAGAAGGAGAAGGAGAAGGAGAAGGAGAAGGAGAAGGAGAAGGAGAAGGAGAAGGAGAAGGAGAAGGAGAAGGAGAAGGAGAAGGAGAAGAACUCCCAGGCGGCGCGAUCAGGGAAGCCGGUGGGACGUUCGCAAAAAAAUGAGAAGGCUGAAGAGGAACGAUACUUCCGAGAGUGGAGUAAAGAACAGCUGGCAGCCUUGAAGAAACAACAUGAAGAAGAGAUCACUCAUCAUAAAAAGGAGAUUGAGUGUCUGCAGAAAGAAAUUGAGCAGCCCCAGCAGAACAUCAAGACACUGAAAGAUCAUGAUACUGCGGUGGUGUCAGGCAUGGCAACGUCCUCCCAGUACCGCCAGCUGCUGAGUGACUAUGGACCACCAUCUCUAGGCUACACGCAGGGAACAGGGAACAGCCAGGUGCUCCAGAGCAAAUACGCUGAGCUGCUGGCCAUCAUCGAAGAGCUGGGGAAGGAGAUCCGAUCCCCACUAUGUGGGCAGCAAGAGCUUGAUGGAGAAAUGAGGCAACAUUCAUGUGAGAGGGCUGGUUCAGGAGUGCUUGGCCCAAAUGGAGCAGAACAGCAGGUCCUAGCCUCCGAGUCAACAUUGCCUGAAUUAGCAAGUUUAUAGUGCUUGAAUGAAACACUCACAUCAUCUACAAAAGAAGUAGGAAAGGCUGCUCAGGAAACAGAAGAAAUAAAUGAGCAAAUCAGAAAGGAGAAAGAGGAAGCUGAGGCUCGUAUGCGACAAGCAGCUACGAAUGCAGAGAAGUCAGCUGGUGGAGGUGGAAAUGGCAGUAAAAACUGGUCAGAGGAUGGUCUGCAGUUACUAAUUAAAGCUGUGAACCUCUUUCCUGCUGGAACAAAUUCAAGAUGGGAAGUUAUUGCUAAUUACAUGAACAUACAUUCUUCUUCUGGAGUCAAGAGAACCGCCAAAGAUGUUAUCAGCAAAGCAAAAAGCCUUCAAAAACUUGACCCUCAUCAAAAAGAUGACAUAAACUCAAUAAACAAAAAGGCUUUUAAUAAAUUUAAAGAAGAACAUGGAGUAGUGCCUCAAGCAGACAAUGCAACACCUUCAGAACGAUUUGAAGGUCCAUGCACAGAUUUCACCCCUUGGACAACAGAAGAGCAGAAACUUUUGGAACAAGCCUUGAAAACAUACCCAGUAAAUACACCUGAAAGAUGGGAAAAAAUAGCAGAAGCAGUGCCUGGCAGGACAAAGAAGGACUACAUGAAACGACAUAAGGAACUUGCCGAGAUGGUAAAAGCAAAGAAAGCUGCUCAAGAACAAGUACUAAAUGCAAGUAGAACCAAGAAAUGACUUAAGACAAUCUUUGUUGUGUGUGCAUUUUUAUAAUAAAACUGAAAAUACUUU